AUGACGCCCAGUGAACCCAUUCACAAGGGCAGCAGGUCAUAUUACUGUGUUAUAGAGGGCAGCAGGCCAUAUUACUGUGUUAUAGAGGGCAGCAGGCCAUAUUACUGUGUUAUAGAGGGCAGCAGGCCAUAUUACUGUGUUAUAGAGGGCAGCAGGCCAUAUUACUGUGUUAUAGAGGGCAGCAGGCCAUAUUACUGUGUUAUAGAGGGCAGCAGGCCAUAUUACUGUGUUAUAGAGGGCAGCAGGCCAUAUUACUGUGUUAUAGAGGGCAGCAGGCCAUAUUACUGUGUUAUAGAGGGCAGCAGGUCAUAUUACUGUGUUAUAGAGGGCAGCAGGCCAUAUUACUGUGUUAUAGAGGGCAGCAGGCCAUAUUACUGUGUUAUAGAGGGCAGCAGGCCAUAUUACUGUGUUAUAGAGGGCAGCAGGCCAUAUUACUGUGUUAUAGAGGGCAGCAGGCCAUAUUACUGUGUUAUAGAGGGCAGCAGGUCAUAUUACUGUGUUAUAGAGGGCAGCAGGCCAUAUUACUGUGUUAUAGAGAGCAGCAGGCCAUAUUACUGUGUUAUAGAGGGCAGCAGGCCAUAUUACUGUGAUAUAGAGGGCAGCAGGCCAUAUUACUGUGUUAUAGAGGGCAGCAGGCCAUAUUACUGUGUUAUAGAGGGCAGCAGGUCAUAUUACUGUGUUAUAGAGGGCCGCAGAUCAUAUUACUGUGUUAUAGAGGGCAACAGACAACGGUACUGA